ACAUAUGGGACUUAUUAUUUGCUUGUCCUCCUUAAUCUCCUUGGAAGGAUUCAACGUUUGUGUUCCACUCUCUCCCCUUUCGCUGCAAAUCAUUCCCUCUUUCAAUAAAAAGUUGAAAAAAAAACAGCCAGCACCUUACAUGUGAUGCAUCAUCCUUCAUCUUUCUAGCCCUCUUUCUUGGUGUCAGAGCCAAAAACAAGGAGGAAAGUUAGCUGCUUAAAUACACUGAAAGUGCAAAUUUUUUUUAUUUUUUAUUUUCAGAGAAUGAAUGGUCUUUCAAUUUCAAUUACAGAACCAGAUCUUUCUGAGUUCGUUGAAGUUGAUCCAACUGGAAGAUAUGGCAGAUACAAUGAAAUACUUGGAAAAGGGGCUUCAAAGACAGUUUACAGAGCAUUUGAUGAGUAUGAAGGGAUUGAAGUUGCUUGGAACCAGGUGAAGCUGUAUGAUUUCCUGCAAAGCCCUGAAGAUCUUGAGAGGCUCUACUGUGAAAUUCACCUGCUGAAGAUAUUGAAUCACAAAAACAUUAUGAAGUUCUACACCUCUUGGGUUGAUACUGCCAAUAGGAACAUCAAUUUUGUAACUGAAAUGUUUACUUCUGGAACACUCAGACAGUAUAGGCUGAAGCACAAAAGGGUUAAUAUUAGAGCAGUGAAGCAUUGGUGCAGACAGAUCUUGAAUGGAUUACUCUAUCUCCAUAGCCAUGAUCCCCCAGUGAUCCACAGAGAUCUCAAGUGUGAUAACAUCUUUGUGAAUGGGAAUCAAGGGGAAGUUAAAAUUGGAGAUCUUGGCCUAGCUGCUAUUCUCAGAAAAUCCCAUGCUGCUCAUUGUGUUGGAACUCCUGAAUUCAUGGCCCCAGAAGUGUAUGAAGAGGAAUAUAAUGAAUUGGUUGACAUCUAUUCUUUUGGGAUGUGUAUCUUGGAAAUGGUCACUUUCGAAUACCCAUAUAGUGAAUGCACUCAUCCUGCCCAGAUCUACAAGAAAGUUAUCUCUGGGAAGAAACCAGAUGCAUUGUAUAAAGUGAAGGAUCGUGAGGUACGAGAAUUCGUUGAAAAAUGCUUGGCCACUGUCUCCUUAAGGCUAUCAGCAAGGGAGCUUUUGGAUGAUCCAUUCCUUCAACUCGAAGAUUGCGAGCACGAUUUAAGGCCUAUGAAGAGAGAGUUGGAUUACAUGGACCCUCUAUUAAGGCAGCCAGUUCUCGAGGUGGACUGUGAAGGAACAUCGUUUAGUAAUGGCUUCUACAAUGGGUACUGCAAUGGUUAUGCAUAUGAAGAAGAGGAGAAAGGAUGGGCGUGUGAUCCUAAUGAAUUCGACCAAAAUGGAAUCGAGCUUUUCGAGUACAAUGAUGAUGAACGCGAAGAUCAUUCUUCUAAUUUGGAUAUAAGUAUCAAAGGGAAGAGAAGAGAGGAUGGGAGCAUCUUUUUAAGACUUAGAAUUUCAGACCAAGAAGGUCGAAUCAGGAAUAUCUAUUUCCCGUUUGAUGUUGAAUCCGAUACAGCGUUAAGCGUUGCUACUGAAAUGGUAGCAGAGCUGGAUAUUACUGACCAAGAUGUUACUAAGAUAGCAGAUAUGAUAGAUGGGGAGAUUUCGAAAUUAGUCCCGGAUUGGAGACCAGGGCCUGGAUUAGAUGUAAUCUCUCACUUUGCAAAUCCCAGUUUCUGUUACAAUUGUGUUUCGAAUCAUACUUCUACAGGUUCCUUUAUGAAUCUCCUGUCGAAUAAUCCAGCUGCCAAGAAUCUACACUUCUUGCAGUGCAGUAGUUGUGCCACACAUGGCCGGUUCGAGGAGAUUACGUAUCAAACAAAUAGCCCUCGGGUGAAUGCUUCUAACCAUGAAGACGAUCCGGCUUCAUCGAGCCAAAUAAAUGGCUUCCAUCACAUGGAAUAUUGGGACAGGCACGAAAGCCUCGAGUGCAGCUCAGUGUGCUCCGGGGAGAGCCAUUCCCUUGAAGAAAGCGAGAAACAGUAUCAAGAAGUUUCGACUAAAGAGGCAGGCGAGAGUUGAGAUGGUUUGCAACAAAGUAACAGAUAAUAAGGUUGAGGGAAUUUAAUGGUUUUUGAGAAAUUGAGCCAUGAAUCCAUGUUCUUCAAUCGUCUUUCAGAUCAACCGAUAAUAUAGAAGUUGUGCUCGAAAGUGCUGCCCCAGUUCUGGUAUCCCAAAGGGCCCGAAAAUGUGAGGCGAACAGAUCGAUUUGUCUACUGUCAAGCAAAAGAAAAAAGAGAACUUUCUUUUAUCAACAACUUCAGCGCAUCAUCACCGGUUGACACUGUUUGUUUAUAAUGUUUUCAGGCUCAGAUUCAUGUUCCUAAAUUUUCACAAAAAUUGCAGGCUGUAUAGAACCAUGAGGCACCCUUUCACCCCCUUCCCCUUCUUGUCCAUCCACCCUCUUUUCUUCACAUUGUUAGAUUGGCUAUAGAGCAUUUUCUUGUUGAGAAAAGGCUGAUUGAGGGCCAAAUGUAA